AUGUCCCUUGAGGAGUUCUUCAAUGACAAUUCACUGGGCGAAAAUGUGUGGGAUGAAGAAGAGAUCAAUUUAGACGCAAUCUCGUCACCACUGACAAACACCACGAGCUUAGACGUACUCAAACAGGCCCCUAUCAAGUUAGCGACGCGAGGCUCUUUUGGCGAAGGUCAUCGGCACCCGAUGCCUUCGGCAAGUACGCCGCAUGGCGCAGCUGGAGGCCAGCUCCGCGGUCCGCCAUAUAUCGUUAAGUUUUCUAACCUACCCUCAUUGUUCUCCGGACGCGAAAUUGAAGAUCUCUUCCAGACCAAGUGCACCAAGUUUAUUAAAUUCAAGAUUUUCUGGGAGCUCAACAAAACACCGUCUGUGGGGGCUGCGCUCAAGAACUCUAAUGUGUUUGACGCAAAUUUCACACGGGAUUCUAAAGUGGCUUUCACUGAACUGUACUCUGCACGCGACAUGGACAAGAUCCUCAUGCACUGGACACAGCCGUUGCGCGAGCUUUACAAUAUUCACGUAACAAUGGCAGAGUUUGAUGAUUUCAAGAAUUACAUGGCGAAAACGAAACUUCUGGGAGAGAGUGAUGAUCCUUCUCGGCCUUAUAAACCUAAGGAAGCGGCCAAAAUUGACAAGAGGCGCACAAAUUCCGGUUCAGAUCCAUCUCAGACAAAACAAAGACGUAAGAGCAAUCCGUUUGGAUCUGCAAAACCUGUAGACACACAGUCCAAAAUCCUCACCAUAGAACAGAAAAUGAGCGAGUUGCAUAUCGAGGACACUAAAACUUUGAGAAGAGUGUCGCUUGGUGAAGAUGAGAAGGAAGUCUUCAAAGACUCAGGAGCUAAAAAACCAAUUGCAGUACCACAGCCUAUAAGCUAUUCCGCUAUCAUCAAGAAAUCCGUUGAUAGCGCGUCGCCAAACUCAUUAAGUACCUCGCCAAGUGUACCACCAUCUGUACCACUCUCGAGUGGUUUGGACCCCAACGAUCAAGUACUAUCAAAUGACGAAGAUGGAGAAGAGAAAAAAGACCAAGAAAAAAAAGAUAGUCAAGAGGAAAAUGAUGAAGACUUGUCUACAUCGGGCCACAAUUUCACCUUUAAAGAAACCGAUCGUAGAGAAUCCCAAAAUCGCUCUCGUGGCUCAUCACAAAUAGAUCGUCCAAGCCGUGGGGGUCGUGGAGGUCGCUCGGAUCGUGGAGGUUCCUUUCGUGGCGGACGUGGAAGAGGCGGCGGUAGAGGAAGCUAUAAUGGCAAAAAAUCUGACGAAAGUCGUCCUCGCGGAAAAUAUAACAACAAGGAAGACAACCCAUAUUCUGUUUUCCGUCCAGCAAGUGGGUUUCUAAGAGAAAACAUCAACAGUAACGGCUCCAGAGGAGGGAGAGGCGGAAAUCAUAGUCAUAAUAAUAAUAAUGGUGAUCGUGGCCGGGGCGGGUACCGUAACGGUCGUCACGGGUUUACUCCAGUUUAA